CUCACACACGUUGCCAUGGAUGGAUCCAUGUGGGGCGCUGCCAACUACGUGCCUCUAACGCCGCUCAGCUUCCUGGAGCGCGCCGCGAUCGUGUACGGCGACCGAACGGCCGUCGUCUGCGGCGGCAGACGGUUCUCGUGGCGCGAGACGCGGGAGCGGUGCCUCGCCGGGGCGUCCGCGCUCGCGCAUCUCGGCGUCGACCGCCGAGACGUGGUAAGCCACUGGAGGAUGACGACGAGCUGUUUGGUUUUCCGUGUGAUGAGGAACGGCUGGUGA